GUAGUUGGGAUGAGUUUGCCCCUGAAUCACAAACCUUUCCUGAAUGGAUUAAUAGGAAAGCCAGUAAAGGUGAAACUUAAGUGGAGAAUGGAGUAUAAAGGCCACCUGAUCGGGGUGCCUGGGUGGCGCAGUCGGUUGAGCGUCCGACUUCAGCUCAGGUCACGAUCUCGCGGUCCGUGAAUUCGAGCCCCGCGUCGGGCUCUGGGCUGACGGCUCAGAGCCUGGAGCCUGCUUCCGAUUCUGUGUCUCGUUCUCUCUCUGCCCCUCCCCCCUUCAUGCUCUGUCUCUCUCUGUCUCAAAAAUAAAU